AUGACGAAGAAUCAACAGGAGUUCACUGUUGUCCCCGAUUCGAUCGUUUUCAGAGAUUCGAAACCGGGUGAGAUGGACUCCAUUGAUGUUUGGGUAACUAAUGUUGGAAGAAAACCAAUACAAAUUCGUUUUAAAUUGCAAAAUGAUUCUAAAUUUAAUAUUUUUGUCGAAAAUCAACAAUUCACUCCACCAGGAUUAGGAAUAAAAGCAGUAUUAAAAUACAAAUGUCAAGAACAACAAAUAAUUCGAGAAGAAUUGACGAUAGAAAUUCCAGGCUACUCAACAAAAGUACCAAUCAUGGCUCUUCCACCAUGUCCAAGAAUUGUAUGCGAUUUACCUUCACUUUCAAUCGGAAAUGUAGGUGUAGACACAAAAUCUAAAUUUACAUUUUCAAUUUCAAACAUUGGAACAAGAGAAGGCACAUUUAACGUAACAUGCGAAGAUGAAACUGUCGAAUUUAUACCAAAUACAGGUCCUCUUUUACCAAAUAAAACAGCAGAAAUUGCUGCAACGAUAAAACCUCAUCAAGUUGGCGAAUUUACAUUAAAAGUUACUGUAAAUACACAAGAUCAAGAUCUUGAUCCUGCUUAUUUGACUGUAACUGGUAAUGCUGUCAAUCAUUCUUUAUCUUUAAUGAUAGAUGAUAAAGAAGUAAGUUUAAUUGACUUCCAAACGAUAUUUGUUGGACAAAAAAGAGUUUGUGAUGCUAAGAUAGUCAACCAAGGCCAAUACAAAAGAUCAUUUGUGGUUAUGCCAGCAAGAAACACUCCAACACAAAAAUCUCGUCUCGAUGUUACUAAUAAUUACUUAACACAAUCGCGAAAUCAGAUAUUUUCAGCGAUUCCUUCAGAAGGAACUUUAAAUCCUUAUCAAUCUACACCAAUACGAUUUGUUUUCAAUCCACCAACAGACAAUGAAGAAUCUCUUGAGCAUGAGAAAGAAUAUAAAUACUACAGUUCAGUUGAAAUCGUUGAGACUUCCCAACAUAUUGAUUUUUCUUUCGAAGGAAAGACAGUUCCUCUUUCUGUAUCAUUAUCAGCAACAGAUUUUCAGUUUGAUACUACAGCUGUCAUGUCAAGAAGCAACAAACAGCUCGUUUUAAAGAAUAAUUCUUCAUUACAAACUUCUUACAAGGUCAAACCGAUAGCGCACUUCCGUUUUGAGCCUUCCAAAGGUGUUAUCAACCCAAAUUCCUCAAAGACAAUCAACGUAAUCUUCUUCCCGAAGACUUUAGGAAAUUUCAAUAUUUCAACACCGAUAAUUUUCAGUGAAGGACUGAUAACAAAGACAUUAAACCUCAUUGGCAAUGCAACAAAGUCCGGUGACGAUCAUAAACCGUUCAAAAGAGAAGAUCCAUGGCUUGAAAACGAAGAAAUAAAAUUCAGAGCCACACAUCCAGAUCCGAAAUACAGUUAUGAUAUCAACGAACUUGAAAGACGAAAAGAGAAAAGAGAAGUUUUUGAUAAAUACCUGUCAGAACCACGCAAAAAACGAGAAACGAGGCAACAAGAACAAGAAAAGAAAAAGAAAAUGUUGGAAAAAGCGAAAAAUUAUUUGGAAAACACAAAAGGCGAUUAUACAAAAGAAGAUUUAGAUGAAUAUAUGACUCAUUCAUUAAGUUUAGAAGAUAUGUUGGAUGACGGUUUGAACGAUAACGGUUUGACACCUCCUGAUCCACCUUUACACAUAAUUGAGAUACCUCUCAAAUCCUUUGAAAUUGAUGACGGUUUGAAUUCAGAAAAUAACGAACAAAACAACAAUUCAAAUCAGAACAAGACAUUGUUGAAUAACUCCGAUAAUCUAAUAAAGAAGAAGUUCAAGUCUAAAGCAACAACACCAGCAGAAAUCAAUGAAUGUUCACAUCCAUUAACACCAGCACAACAAUUAUUAGUUACAGCAUCACAUGAAACAAUGAAUUUUGGCCAAGUUUCUGUUUAUUCAAGUGUUGCAAGGAGUUUUACGAUAACUAAUAAUUUACAACAGAAUAUCAUUGUUUCUAUUAAUUAUGAAUAUGACGAACUAAGUAAAUCAGGCCCUGUAAGUCAAGUUAUUCCUCCAAAACAAAUUGCUGGUUUUGACAUAAGAUUUUUGUCAAAUAAACCUCAGAAUUUCAUGAAAACAAUUACUUACACUGUCAAUAAUGCACAUUCAUAUUCAGUAAAUAUAUGUGCACAAGUUAUUCCUAUUGAUGUACAACUCUCUAAGACAUCAAUGGAAUUUAGAUUUGCAGGGGAUUCAACGUUACCUGUAAUUCGAGAAUUCAUCACUGUUAUUAACAGAUCAAUGGCUCCUGCUCAAUAUAAAUGGAUAGACAUAAAAGCUCCUUUCUCUAUCUCUAAUGUUAAUGGAACUAUUGACCCGAAUUCGUCCCAAAACAUCGAGAUUUCUUAUAAUCCUGGAAAUCAUCCUCACGAUGAACAAAACAUAACUUUGACAGUGGCAGGAGGUCCCAACAAAUCAUUAAGAUUAAUAGGUGAUGUUGGUUCUCCUAAAUGUUCAAUCAACAAGAGAUCAUUAGCGUUCGGAUUGAUGCCAAUUGGAAUUUUGAAGACACAACAAAUCAGACUCAAAAAUUCAGGCGAUGACGAUGCAAUUUUCUCUAUAAAUACAAAUGGAUCUAGAGAAUUAAGCGUUUCUCCUAUAUCAGGAAAAGUAUCUGCAAGAGAUCAACAGAUGGUACAAAUAUCAUUUAAAGCGAAUCACGCUAAAAUCUUUGAUCUUCCUGUAACAAUUUCUAUUUGUGGAGCUUCUCCAAUAACUUUUAAUGUUACUGCACAAUCAGAAUUACCAAAUGUAUGUAUAACUAACACGGAAUUCGAUUUCGGACGUGUUUUCGUUGGUUCUUAUCAAUCUAUUGAAGGAACAAUAAAGAAUAUUGGUGCAAUACCUGCAAUAUUAUUCUUAGAUUUAUCACAACACCCCGAAUUUAGAAUAGAAUACCAAACAGAUUUAAGUGAUAUUUCUAAUAAUGAAAACAAAAAUUCUAUUUCUCUUGUAUCUGAUCCGUUUUUCGUUACUAAAAUGGUUCCUGCACAAGAAUAUAUGUCUAUGGAAUCAACAACAUCUUUGGCUUAUUCAGCUCAAAUUUCUUCAACAACGUCAACAACUUCUUUGAAAAUUGACAUGUUGAAUGAUACUGAUAAUUCAAAUGUUGGCUUGGUUUAUAAGAUCCAGAUCAUGGAUAACUCACAGAUUAAGUUUAAUCUUGUUUUCCAACCAACAAAACAAGGUGACCAUUCAUUUGAAUUACCAAUAACUCUUUUGAAUAUGAUGUCAAGUUCAAGUUUUCAUUUGCAACCAAUUGUUUCUGGUGAAGCUGUUUUGUCACCGAUAAUUGUGUCAAAUUCGAGUAUUGAUUUUGGUAUUUGUCCUGUUAUUGAUAAACUCAAUCCUGGACAAAGAAAAGUUUCUAAAACAAUCUCACUUUUGAACGAUUCUAAAACGAAAAUUGGUUGGAGAUUGGAUACAUCAGUAAUUCCAAAAGUUAAAGAUGAUUUUAGUUUCACUGUUGAGCCAAUUGAAGGUGAAUUAGAUAUCGGAUCAUCAGAAGUAAUUCAUGUACAAUUCCAGCCACCAUCUGCACAGCCAUUUAACUGUUACAUUCCUUUGUUAUCUAAAGGAAAAGAAGAAAGUGUCAUUGGAAAAAUCCAAUUUACAGGUGUUGGAACAAGUUCAAUGUUUUCAGUUUCUGUUCCUGAAAUUUCUCUUCCUAUUGUACCAUUAAAUACAAAAUCACAACUUGAACUAUAUGUCAAAAACGAUGGUUACAUCGAUGGCCUGUUAAAAGCAACAAUUUCAGCCGAUGAAAAUGUUUUUCCAGUUAAAGUUACAUUCCCCGAUGGAAACCAAUUAUUACAUACACAAGAAAAACUUCCAAUUCUUGUUUCAUUCCAAGCAUCUAAACCAAUGUCAUUUUCAGUUAAUGUUGCAUUGACAGAUGACAAUGGUCAUGCAACAAGUUUCAGUGUUACAUGUACAACAGAUAAUUCCAUUUUCACAUUGUAUCCAUAUUUCGCAAACCAAAUCCAAAUCACUCCUAAAUCAACAGUUGAAGACUUAAAUAAAUUCUUAAAUAACUCAGAAUUGACAUCACGCUUCAUCUGUAAUUCAGGAGAUUACACACAAAUUAAAGGUCAAACAUGGGAACCAUUAUGCUCACAAAUGAUGAUUAAAUUUGUUAUGCGAUAUUUCAAUGCAUUAUUCUUUAGCACACAAUUGAGUGAAUUUCCACAAGGAUUAGUUGCAAACCAAGGUCUUAUUAUUCAAGAAAUGAUUGCUAAUUUCGUUCCAAAUACUAAGAAGAACGAAAAACAAGAAGAACGAGCAUCAACCGCUGUUGAUGACAAAUUCUCAAAACGUCUUGAAUCAAUCAAGAAAUUGUUGACAAACUUGAAAUCAAUGGGAGCUCUUUUAGGAAGUGUUAAACCAGAAUUCCUUCUUUCAAGACAAGAUUUUGUUCAAGUCAUGCGACAAAAGAUCAUCAAACAACUAUUAGGAAUUGACAAAUUUGGUGCUCCGGAUUUAGAUCAAAUUGAUUCUAAGACAUUGAGUGAAUUCACAUCAUCUAAUGCAUUCUCAAGCACAUUAGUUGAUCGUCUUAAAGUUAUUGAGACAUUAUAUAAUAAUUUAAGUAUCGAGAGUUGGAUGAUUGUUUUGAUGCAAUGUUUCAAGAUUUAUGGUAUCAAUCGAAUCAAUCCAGAGAAGUUCAACAACAUUCCUGGUGUUCAAAAUGCUAUUAAACUUCUUCGAAGUAACAAACCUAACCAAGAAGAUCUCCAUGAUCAAAUCAACAAGAAACUUAAAGAAAGUCAAUUCAACAACAAAGAAGUUUGUAUUUUGAAAUGGUUAUCUAUUUAUUCCUGCAUCAAAAGUAAUGACAUCAAAGCCAUCCAAAGUGAUUUCAGUUGUCUUAAAGAUGGUUAUGCAUUUUGCAGUAGUUUAUCAUAUCACACCAAAUUAUUUACAUCUAACAUUUCAUUCCUUCCUACCGAUAAACGCGAGAAAGAACAGAAUGCUAUUGAAUUCACAAACUGCAUGAAAUACCUUAAAUUAGGAUUCAGUCCUACAGCAGAAGAAAUCUUUGGUGGUAAUGAUUGUAUGAAUGCUAUGAUUGGGUGUUAUUUGAUGGACAUCAUUCCACAUUUUAUUCCUCUUCAAACUAUUGAAUUUUCCGGUCCAUUACAUAAACCUAUUUCACGUGUUGUUUCCGUUACAAAUCCAUCUAAAUCGGAGAUCACAUAUCGUGCUAUUUUCGAAGGUAAUCCAAAUUACCAACUCCAACAAGAAUCAAUCUUUGUUGGUCCUAAUCAAACCGUUGAUUUUCCAGUUACAUUCCAAGCACGAACAAUCAAAACAUUAACAGGUCGUUUGACAUUAAUUCCAUCACGUCCUCGCUAUGUUACUAAUUCCGAUAAUUCAUCACGAUCAGCAUCACAUCCACCAACAUAUUCAGCACCUAUUGUUGUUGAUUUCAUCUCAAACAUCACCGUUUCAGCUCCCGAAACAUCAGUUACUGUUGAAUCGUGUAUCUACAACAAUGUUCCUAUCAAAAUCCCAGUUAAGAACAUGUUGAACACUACAUGCAAGAUGAACAUUUAUUCACAAGUUACAUACAUCCAAGAUGAGAAUGGUAAAGAAGUUGGUAGUAACAAAUCAUUGUUACAACAUAUCUCAAGUUUUGUUCAAAAUCCAUUUGAUAACUCAGAUGAAUACUUCGACUAUUCUAAAGAGAAGAACAUCGAUAACAUCAUCAAGAACCACAAAACAUUCAUUCUUAACAAGAACCAAGUUGAAUUCAGCAAUAACAAAACAGAAUUUAAUUUGGAAGUUGAUUUCAAUCCAAUCAAAGUUGGUACAUAUCGAUGUUUAGUUCUUUUCAUUGAUGAUCAGAAAGGCGAAUUUGUUGUUGAAAUCCUUGGUAACUGCAAACUUCCAGCUGCUGUUGAUAUUGUUGGUAAAUACAAAGUCGAAGCCGGCAAGAAGAUCACACAAAAUUUACCAAUUGAUAUCAUUAAUCCAUCACUGUUCAAUUCACUUGCAUUCUCUAUUGAACGUCAUCUUUCUAUCUUGAACGGAAACAAAGAUUCACGUAUCAAAGACGAAGUGAAUCGUCGUCAACAUGACUUAGAGAACAUAUACAAGAGUAGUUUCCAAAGUAAGAAAUUCAUUGUUUUAUCAUCAUCACCACAAUAUUAUGAGCUUAGCAACGAAUUUACACUUUGUAAAUCUAACCAAGUUCAAACGGAGCGAAGCAACAACUCUAAGAAUAUUCAAAAUUCAAACAGUUUGUCCAUCACAUUCAAACCAACUAAAGCAGGCGAAUAUCCAUGCAAAGUUGUUUUGCUUUCUGAAAAUGAUGUUCGUGUCUUCAACAUCAAAGGCAUUUCUCUUCAAACUACACACGAAUUUUCUAUUGAAUUCCAAACGACUACCGGUAAGAGUGUUAAACAAGACAUUCCAUUCACAAAUCCAUCCAACGAUAACUGGACAUUCAAGACUAGUAUCACUGGUGAUCAAGGAUUCCAAACAACACCACGUUUCACCGUCAAAGGUGGUACUACACAACAAAUCCAAAUCCAGUUCAAUCCAAGCAAAGUUGGUACAUUCAGUUGUGAUCUUUUAGUUCAAAAUCUCAGUAAAGAAUCAAGUGUUUUAUACAAAGUUAGUGCAGUUGUUGAAGAACCACCCGCCGAAGACAAAAUCGUUGUUCAUUGCCAAGCACGCAUUCCUAUGAAACACAAAAUCCAAAUUCCUAAAUUCACAAUGAAUCCUAUCAAAGUUACAAGUGACAUUCCAAUUAUCACAUUUGAUAAACAGAUUACACCAAAUGCUAGUGGUCCAACCGAUUUUGAAUUUGAAAUCUCAGCGAGUCGAAGUGGUAUUUGUGCCGGCAUGAUCAAAUUCAUUGAUUCGGUAUCACAAAAUCACAUUUGGUAUGUUGUUGAAAUUCAUGUUUCAGCACCCGCAGUUGAACAACAACUUAAUGUGAACACGGUUGCUCGUCAGAGUGUUAGUGUUCAGAUUCCUAUCAACAAUCCAAACGACUUCUCCGUUACAUUCAAUGUUACAUACCAAGACAGUGACAUUUCCGGUGUUCAUGAAUUUUUAGUUCCGUCACAUGGUCAAAUCAACUACCAAGUUACAGUUACUCCUCUUAAGUCAUGCAACAAGAUCUCAUCCAUCUAUUUCUACUCAGAGAGCGGUGGUGAGUUCUGGUACAACAUCAACAUCAUUGCUAGUGAACCAUCUCCAUCCGUUUUAGCACCACUUUCAGCUCCCAUUGGUAAAUUCGACCGCACAUUCAUUGCUCUUGAAAAUCCUACCGACAAAUCUAUCAAUUUCCGUCUUGAGAACGAGAGUCCUAAUAUUUUCGAUGUUCUUUGCAAGCGUAUGAUUCUUUUGCAAGCCGGUGAAUCUAAGCGAAUUGAAGUCCGCUACAUUCCAUCUGUCAUUGGUACUAAAGAAUCAUCCACUAUUUCAUUCAUUUCUAACGAGAUUGGCACAUUCUCAUACAUCGUUUCUGGUAUUGGUAAACCUCCACAACCACUUAGUCCUACUAUCAUUUCUAGUGUUGUUUCACAGACUAACAGUGCAUUGAUCCUAUUUUCUAAUCCAUUCUCAUUCCCAUCACGGUUUUCAGUUACCAUGACAAGUAGUAGCGAUAGUUUCUCAUUUUUAGUUAAGAAGAAAGUUUUUACACUUAACACCUUUGGCGAAGAAUUCCAGAUUCCCUUCACAUUCACUCCCAAAGAACUUGGCCAAUUCCAAGCAUCUAUCAUCAUUGUUUCUCUUGGUCCAGCACGGAGCCAACUUCCGGAUUUAGACAGCACCCCCGGCAUCCGGUGGGUCUAUCCUAUCAUUGGUAAUUCACUUGCAAGUGAUGCUAACGAAUCUAAAGUUCUUAAGACUAAGUCUAUGGAAAGUAUCGAUGAACACCUUACAUUCACAUUAGUUGGUGAGACUGAAUCCCUUCAACCACACGAAUACGACAUCCGUACAAGUAUUCCACAAAACGCGGAAUUCAUUUCUAGUCAAUUAUCAUUGACUAUUGUUGAAGCGCAACACAAUGACACCGGCACCGAUCUUAUUGUUGAAGCACAUUUCAGUCCCAUGCGUCCUAUUGUUACUACCGUUGUUUCUACAGUGAAAAACACACUUGGUCAAGAAUGGCAGUUCCGUCUUGACUUGAUUAGUGAGAUCGGUAAACCGAUCGAUACUAUCACUAUUGAAUCACUUUUGAACAAAGUUGGUAUUUCACAUGUUGAAACACCAUCUGAAAUCCACAGUCAGAAACCAUUCCAUGCAUAUUUUGCCACUGGCAGUGCUAGUGAAUUCUCAGUUUCUCCUUCACAUGGUUUAGCUAUUCCAGGCAGUCAAUAUUUACCGGUUGAGAUCACAUUCAGUCCUAAGACAUACGGUAAACUUCUUAAAGGCAUGUUUGUUAUUGACAUGAUUGAUUCACAAUACAUUUAUGAUGUUGUUGGUAAAAUGCCGGACUACGUUCCUCCAGUUGUUGCUCAAUCAUCAUUAGCUCCAAUUGUUGCUCCAUUAGAUAGUCCAUCCAAACGCAAGUCAACCACUAAACUUAAGAAACCAUAUCUCAACAGUCGGAAAUAA